GUUGGUUUCCCUUUGUUUGCCUAAAGGAACCAUGGACAUCGAAGCGUACUUUGAAAGGAUUGGUUAUAAGAACACAGUGAAUAAACUGGACUUGGACACAUUAACGGAGAUUCUUCAGCACCACAUGCGAACCAUUCCUUUUGAGAAUGUUAACAUGCAUUGUGGAGAAGCCAUGGAGAUGGGCUUCGAAGCCGUUUUUGAAAACAUAGUAAGGAAGAGGCGGGGCGGGUGGUGUCUCCAGAUCAAUCAACUGCUGUACUGGGCUCUGACCAAAAUGGGCUUCAAAACCACCAUGUUGGGAGGGUAUGUUUACAUAACUCCUGUCAGCAAAUACAGCAGCGAAAUGGUCCACCUUCUAGUACAGGUGACCAUCGGUGACAAGAACUAUAUUGUGGAUUCGGCCUAUGGAGGUUCCUUCCAGAUGUGGGAGCCUUUGGAAUUAACGACAGGGAAGAGUCAGCCUCAGAUGCCUGGCAUCUUCCUUUUGACAGAAGAGAAUGGGAUGUGGUACCUGGACCAAAUCAGAAGAGAGAAGUAUGUUCCAAACCAGGAAUUUGCUGACUCAGAAAUCCUUGACAAGAACAAAUAUCGGAAAAUCUAUUCUUUUACUCUUGAGCCCCGUGUUAUUGAGGAUUUUGCUUAUGUGAAUACCUACCUUCAGACGUCACCAUCCUCUGUGUUUGUAAGCACAUCAUUUUGUUCCUUGCAGACGUUAGAAGGGGUUUGCUGUUUAGUGGGCUCCACCCUUACAAGUACCAAAUUCAGUUACAAGGACAAUGUAGACCUGGUUGAGUUUAAGAACAUAAAUGAGGAAGAAAUAGAGGAUGUGCUGAAAACCGCAUUUGGCAUUUCUUUGGAGAAAAAGUUUGUGCCCAAACGUGGUGAAUUAUGUUUUAAUGUUUAGGGUGAGGAGCAAAAAUUGUUUUUCAUUAUUAUUUCAUGUUCUUAAACAUUUGAAGCUUAUGCAAAUGUAUCCAUAUCAGAAAUCACCCAGCUCAAUAUUGAUCAACGGAUUACUUGCUGUAUCUUCUAUUUCCUACAUUUUAUAAAAAACGAAAUCCUAGUUGUCCUGUCAUUUCACCCAGAAAAAUAUCUCCAGUUAUAAUGAAAUAAAAAUUUUAACAGAUAUAACCAUAAUUCUCCUUUCCAGGCAAAUCAUAU